GUCCGCUUUCUCCGUCGCUCUCUCUCCUUCGCACGCGGUUGAGGAAGCCGGUAGGCCUGAGAAGCUGCUGCUGCUGAAAAAUGCCGGGAAAACUCCGCAGUGCGUCCAAGGCGGGCUCAGACGGGGCCGAGGAGAACAUGGAGACGCAGCCGAAGCCGAGCGAGAAGAAAACUAGAAAAGAGAGGACAAAAUCAAAGACAGAAGAAGCAACAGAAGGAAUGGAAGAGGCCACUUCCUCCAAAGCAAAGAAAACAGUUAAAAAGAAAGAGCCUUCUGAAGAUGAUGUAGAUCCCCCUAAAUCCAAGAAGGCCAAGAAGGAGGAGGAGGAGCCUCAAGAUGACACUGCUUCUAAAAGCAAAACCUCCAAGAAGAAAAAGGAGCCCCUUGAGAAGAAAGCAGCCUCUAAAACCAAAGAGAUAAAAACAGAGGAGCCUUCCGAAGAAGAGGCAGACAUUCCUAAGCCCAAGAAGAUGAAGAAAGGGAAGGAAGCAAACGGAGACAUGGGGGAGAAAAGCCCCAAGCUGAAGAAUGGACUCUCCCAGUCUGAGCCACAGUCCAACUCCAGUGAUGCUCCUGGUGAAGAAAGUAGUAGUGAGACAGAAAAGGAAAUACCCGUGGAGCAGAAAGAAGGAGCCUUCUCUAAUUUUCCCAUCUCUGAAGAGACUGUCAAGCUUCUCAAAGCUCGUGGGGUGAACUUCCUGUUUCCUAUACAAGCCAAGACCUUCCACCAUGUGUACAGUGGGAAAGACUUAAUUGCCCAGGCACGAACAGGAACUGGGAAGACAUUCUCUUUUGCUAUCCCUUUGAUUGAGAAACUUCAAGGUGGGCUACAAGAGAGGAAGAGAGGCCGAGCCCCUCAGGUGCUAGUCCUUGCACCCACCAGAGAAUUAGCAAAUCAAGUGAGCAAAGACUUCAGCGACAUCACCAAAAAGCUGUCUGUAGCUUGUUUUUAUGGUGGAACUCCCUACGGUGGUCAGAUUGAACGAAUGCGGAGUGGGAUCGAUAUCCUGGUUGGGACCCCAGGUCUUAAUAAAGAAAACUUGCAGAAUGGCAAGCUAGAUCUCACCAAACUUAAACAUGUUGUCCUGGAUGAAGUCGACCAGAUGUUGGAUAUGGGUUUUGCUGAUCAAGUGGAAGAAAUUUUAUGUGUGGCAUACAAGAAAGAUUCUGAAGACAACCCCCAAACAUUGCUUUUCUCUGCAACUUGCCCUCAUUGGGUAUUUAAUGUUGCUAAGAAAUACAUGAAAUCUACAUACGAACAGGUGGACCUGAUUGGUAAAAAGACUCAGAAAGCAGCCAUAACUGUGGAGCACCUGGCCAUUAAGUGUCACUGGACAGAAAGGGCAGCGGUGAUUGGGGAUGUGAUCCGAGUGUACAGUGGUCAUCAAGGGCGCACAAUCAUCUUCUGUGAAACCAAGAAGGAUGCUCAGGAGCUGUCUCAGAACACGUGCAUAAAGCAGGAUGCCCAGUCCUUACAUGGCGACAUUCCACAGAAGCAAAGGGAAAUCACCCUGAAAGGUUUCCGAAAUGGAAGUUUUGGAGUUUUGGUGGCAACCAAUGUUGCUGCCCGUGGCUUAGACAUCCCUGAGGUUGACUUGGUGGUUCAGAGCUGUCCGCCAAAGGAUGUGGAGUCUUACAUUCAUCGUUCAGGGCGGACAGGAAGAGCUGGAAGGACGGGGGUUUGCAUCUGCUUUUACCAGAACAAAGAAGAGUACCAGUUAGCACAAGUGGAGCAGAAAGCGGGAAUUAAAUUUAAACGGAUAGGUGUUCCUUCUGCAACGGAAAUAAUAAAAGCCUCCAGCAAAGAUGCCAUCAGGCUCUUGGAUUCCGUGCCUCCCACUGCCAUUAGCCAUUUCAAGCAGUCAGCUGAGAGGCUGAUUGAGGAGAAGGGAGCUGUGGAGGCCCUGGCAGCUGCGCUGGCACACAUCUCAGGGGCCACAUCAGUCGAUCAGCGCUCCCUGAUCAACUCACAAGCAGGCUUUGUGACCAUGAUCCUGCGGUGCUCCAUUGAGAUGCCCAACAUCAGUUACGCUUGGAAAGAACUUAAGGAGCAGCUGGGUGAGAGCGUCGAUGCCAAAGUGAAGGGGAUGGUCUUCCUCAAAGGAAAACUGGGGGUUUGUUUUGAUGUCCGCACUGAAGCAGUCACAGAAAUACAGGAGAAGUGGCAUGAUUCAAGGCGCUGGCAGCUCACCGUGGCCACCGAGCAGCCAGAGCUGGAAGGACCUCCAGAAGGAUAUCGAGGUGGCAGGGGUCAGCGUGAUGGCAGCCGUGGUGCUUUCAGAGGACAGCGGGGUGGAAGCAGGAACUUCCGGGGACAGGGACAUGGAGGAGGAAAUAGAAACUUCCGAGGACAGCGACCAGGAGGUGGCAACAAAGGCCAGAAGCGGAGUUUUAGUAAAGCGUUUGGUCAGUGAGUAGAGGCCGGAAGGAACUGUUCCCACUGUGGACCCCAUGGUCUAUCCUGAGGACAAAGCCCCAGUGCUUUGUUCCUUUUUUACCACUUCUCAGUCCCCCCCUUCCUUGCAGAGAGGCUUCUGAACUGUCCAACUAACUAACUAUCACAAACUCUUCAUUUUGAAAAGGGAUAAGAAUUCAUUGCAUCAUUUUCCAACAUACUUUUAGAUUUACAAAGUAAAACCAACCAUGGAUCUGCCUAUCUUGGUGUGUUGAUCUUGUAAUUUCAUCUUUGUGUGUGUGUGCUCACUGGGGCCUAAGCUCAGAACCUCACACAAGCAUAGCAUGCACACGCCCUACAACUAAACCGCAUCUCUAAUCCCUAUACACGUGUCCUAUUCAUCCUUCAAAGCGAGUCCCUAGGAGGUACCUCAGUCUCUGGAGGACUGCAAGAGUCAGGGCGGAAUGUGUUUGCAUUCUUGGGCAUCCUGCACUCCACAAACAAUUGCUGUGUUUAUAUGUGUCUGCUGAGGUUUGAUGCUGAGCAGUGCUUUUCAAGAGCUGCUUCAGACUUCGCUGAUUUGAAUAGUUUGUGCAAGGCUCUGGCUGUUGAGGGUGGAAAGAAGACGGCAUAGAUUCACUCUAUAGUGUCUUCACAUACUCAUUAGGUGAUUUGUGUUCCAGUGAAUUCUCCAGACAAGUGUAUAUAGAAGUACAUUUUAAUAGGACCCAGUGUCUGUAAAGUUCAGGCCCAAAUGCCUAACAUGUCUAGAUUUUUUUUCGUCAGUAAUGAGACUGGAUAAAUGGUAUGUAAGUGCUUGUACCCCACUUUUGGCAGAUCGAUUUAUCAAGAAGAAAUAAUGGAGCAUGGGGCUCAGUUGGUGUUGCUGAAAAAUGUCUCAAUAAAAGCCACAAAGGUGUCUUUGAUUGUGACAGGUGAGGAGGUGGAGAAGUGUGCUUUGAGUGGUGAGCACAUCCUGAGUUGUGGCUCCUUCAAGGGCUGUGUCUGCUAGUGCGCAGUCUGGGGCUGUUAAAGGGCACAGUGGGACAGGCUUGUUUUCAGUGGCUUGGAUCUUAAACCACAAUGUAAAAUCUAUUUCUGUUAAGCUGCUUCUCCUUUGAAAAAUUAUCACAGCUCAGAGAGUCCUACGACAAGCUGUGCCAUUUUAAGCUCCUGCUUUGAGGGAACUGAAGCAUAGCCCCUACUCGGCGUCCCCACCUAGGGACCUUAGAACAGGCUUGGAAGGAAAGUCAGAACCACACACUGUCGUUUUGUUUUGUUUUUUUAUUUUUCUUAAUUGUUUGGAUCAACUAAGACCUUUAUUUUAGUAUGGUCCUUACCUCCUAACUGGCCUUACCAAACACCUGGCUUUAAAGGGCUCUGACAACCAAUCAGCUCCUGGUAGUUGAAGCAGUACCCUUUGUUCUGUUUAGAUUCAGUUUUCCCCCUGACCUCUGACCAGAUGGCUCAUCCUCUGUGCUCAGGAUUCGUGGGGAUUUUAUUUUCUUUGUUGAUAACUGUAGCUUGUAAUAAAUGUGGGCAUGGUUUAGUGAAGCAUUUCACUGUUGGGAUAAGAGUUUGCCAUUUCAAGAAGGUGAAAGGACAUGCUGGCUCUACCUGCAGGAGGAAAGGCUAAAGAACAUUUUGAAUUUCGAAUUAAUGGGUUACCUUAUAGAAAAAUGAUCUGCCAUAAACCAAACAGUGAAGGGGGGGGGAGGGAAGAACUUCAAUUGACACAAUUUAAAUAAAACAUGACUUUUCAAACAAAUGAGGUUUCUUUUGGAUUGCAGAAACUAAACUAUUUAUAUGUAUAAUUCAACUAUUAUUUGGUUUCAAUGAACUUAUUGGGAAAUGUUAUCAUUUUUACUAUUUUCUACAGAGAAAAUAUUUUCCACUUUAUCAAAAUAACUCUGGACUUUGAAAUUACAGCCUGAUUUUUAUGUUCCAGCUGUCUAUGUAGUUGUUUUCCUGAAACUGUACAUAAAAUGUUUUUACAUUAAAAUGAAUUACUGUAUAAAGUACUGCAUUAUGCCAUAAUAAAGAUACCAAUGCUUUAUAUUUA